UUCAUCAAGAAUCUCCGACAAACAUCGAAUCACAUCAAAAUGUUCGCCGCUCGCUCUGCCCCUCGCGUCCUCAAUGGCGCUCGCGCCUUCUCGACCUCGCCCGCCCACUCGCUAGCCCGCAUGCAGCUCAUCGGCCGUCUCGCCGACCAGCCUGAGCUCACUCCCACAUCCACUGGACGCGAGCUCGUGAGAUAUGCUCUUGGUGUCAAGGGUGGCCCUAAGAACGAGAACGGCGAGAGACAGACCAGCUGGUUCAGAGUCGCCAGUUUCGCAGAGGGCCCUGGCAGAGACCUGCUCUUGAGCUUGCCCAAGGGCACUCUCAUGUACAUCGAAGCCGACGCUCGUAUGGACACCUUCCAAACUCAAGACGGCUCCAACCAGAGUCGUCUCAAUCUUGUUCAGCGCAACUUUGAGGCUCUCAGCCGUCCCCAAAACCGUAACUCUGAUUCUGAAUCUGACAGGAGUGCUGCCGAGGACCCUCACAGCGGUCUCGGUGCCUCCUAGAGUGUAUAGAGACAACCAAGAUACAUAGGGACAUGGCGUGUACAGAAUUUUAGUCGCCAGGUGUGCGGGUUUCAACAAAGUCGAUCAUGUAAAAUACACUCCUCUUCCCACGUCAAACCGUACAUUGUCUUGUGAGUAAGCUUCUUUGUCUCUUGACUUUUGGGAAGACAUGUGUUGCAUCCUUCUGGAUCGCCUUUCGACCCGGGGACAUGAUCUUUGAGGACGGUUGGAGGCAGGGAAGAGCCUACCUCAACAGUAGCUUUGAUUGAGCAUGAGACAACGAUGCUAGUCUGAUAACAGAUCCGGGACUCAAAUCAAGCAGUAGGAACAUGUUGAUGCAUUAAUACAGGUAGCUUCCAAGGAAGGGACGCCCUUG